AUGGUGGGGCAAACUUUUGACGAUAAACGGCUAUCUUAUGCAAUGAUGAUUGCAAGCAUUGCGUGCAGUUCUGCUAUGAUUCUCAUAGGUGUUUUGUUUUUUGUUUUCUGACUAAUUGACGAUUUUGUAGAAUUCAUGCUAUCAAUUUAUGUGAUUUUAUUUGGGAUUUUAGGAAUCCUUUCUGAGUUUACAAUAGAAUUUAUAUCUACUUAUUUUUCCUUCAUGAAAAAGUACAUAAGCAAAGGUUUUUACUAUAUUUUGUAAAAUCUAUUCAGCAUGGGGACAAUUAUUAUUACAUGGGGCGAAUGGUGGGUUUUAUUGGCCUCAGUCUUAAAUAUUUUUCUUGGAAUCCUUUACAUCAUAUUUUUCUUUAUGGUAUCUUUUAUUUAGCUUAAAUCUAAGCUUAAAGACCAAGAAGACCCUCAAAAACCUGCUUCUCCUGAAGAAGUUUCCCAAGCUUAUUAA